UGUGCGCUGCGCAAGCGUACAGUGUAGACGUGUUCCAAAGUUAUAUUAAAAAUCAUUUACGCAUGACAUGCAAAUUUCAACUAUAACAGUAGUGUACAGUGCAUUCAAAUCUGUUUAACGAGUGUUGUAUACAUACAUCCUUUUGACUGUGCGCCUGCACCACUGCGCUCAAACAGGUAAACAGCGCCACGGAUGUACAAUGUCGCGGCUCGUUCGCUCGCCAAGUGGAGGCGGCAUAAACGACGGAUCCGGCGGUUCUCAACCGAACUUAAGUGCCUUAGCUACGGACAAUGAUAACCCUCAAAUUACGUUCCGAAAUAAACGUAAGCUGCAUACUGAUAAUGACCAGAUCGUAAACGAGCUAUCUGAUCUUAGAAAAGAAAUUGCAGAAAUGAUGAUAUUUAUGAGGACAACUAGUAGCACACAAUCAGAAAAUAUAAGUAAGCUCCGUCAGGAUAUUACCGAUAUAAAAAGCCAGGUAAACACCAUCAGCAACAAUAUGGCUACUAUGAGCACAGAACAAGACAAGCUGCGAACGGAUGUGCAACGCUUAGUCGCUUCAACGGAAGCCACAGAAGAGAGAAUUAAGCUCCUGGAAAGUGAUAUCAACUUACUAAAGUCAUCCUCACCUGGAUGUACUAACCAAACGCCAAUAACCUACGAAUCUUACGAUAAACUAAUCAACGAAUGUCAAGAACGAAACAUACGAAAUAAAAAUAUCGUUAUAGCUGGCAUAAUAGAAUCUACUGCUGAGAACGCCGCAGAACGACUAGAACACGACACACAAGAGGUAUUGAAAAUUACUAAAAUGGUUCUUAACGACUGCCCGGACCCUCAACAAAUAUUCAGAUUAGGCAAAUAUCAGCCUAAUAAAAAUAGAGUCAUAAAAGUUUGUUUUACAUCAGAAAAUGUAGCAAAACAAUUGCUCCGUAACAAAAAGAAUGUAAAGCUAAAUAAUAUAAAAAUCUACUCGGACCAGACACCUUACCAGCGAGAAGUCCUAAAAAAACUGCAGCAGGAACUACAACAGCGAACUGAAAAUGGAGAGUGCAACUUACUUAUCAAGUACGAAAAAGGGGUACCUAAAAUAAUAAAGUCUCAGCCAAAAAACUCCACAGCGACGGAAGCCAAAUCUUAAGCCCGUCCAAUGACGGUAAUGUCUCAUAUCAAAUUGCCCAUACAUAUUCCGAAAUUAACACCACCAAUAGAUCAAUCAAAUGUUUUUAUGCUAACGUACGCAGCAUAAUCAAACCAGGAAAAUUUGACGAGUUAAAAUGCAUUCUCCAAUCUUUCCAAUGUACUAUUCAUAUCAUCGCAUUGUCCGAAACAUGGAUCAAGGACGAGGAUGAAGGACGCAGACUUCAGAUGCCCGGUUAUUGUCACUACUAUAAUUUCAGAAGCAAUUCAAGAGGGGGCGGCGUUUCCAUCUUCGUCCACGAAUCUCUGACCCAUCAUCUCAUAGAGGAGCGCUGUGUUAAUGAUAACCACUUUCUUUGGGUACACAUAAACAAGUAUUCUUUGGAUGUUGGAAUUGUGUACAAACCUGAACGAACCAAUUCAAAUGAUUUUUUGGAUGAAUAUGCGCUCCAACUUCAGAGAAGAAAGAGAGUCCUAAUCUUUGGAGACUUCAAUUAUGACCUAUUGAAAUCUAACACAACGACUCACAAUUAUAAGCAAGUCCUUAAAGAAAACGAUAUUCAAAUUCUGAAUAAGAUUAACCAUGAAUUUUGCACACGGGAGACACACACAACGAAGACCAUAUUAGACCAUGUAUGUUCAAGUCUUAAGCAAAAUGACUUCCAUCUAGCUAUCAUAGAUUCAGCCAUGGCUGAUCAUAAACAGAUUUUCAUAGAGGUGAAAAAAUAUCAGUCACGUCCUACAAGACAAAUACAAUAUGAAGCAGUAGACUACAAUAAAUUAUAUGCGACUUACAAGUCUUUACGCGAGGAUAAUACAGAAGACACGUAUGAAAACCUGGAAAAAAAGAUUUUAAUCUGUUUAUCGAAGUGUAAAAUUAAAAAAUACAAGUAUUUAAACCAACCUAGGCAAGAAUGGAUUAACAAAGGUGUUAUAGAUGCAAUAAAUAAACGAAACAAACUGUGGCAGCUGAAAAAAUCCAACCCAACUCUCAUGAACAUAGAUGAAGAUCUGAAAAAGGAGAUAAAAUCCGUAAAAGAAAUCAUACAAAAAUCAAAAACUACGUACUACCUUAAAACCUUCAUUGCAUGUGUAAAAAAACCCGCGAAGAUGUGGAAUUUAAUAAAUAGUCUCUCCAUUAAUAAAGUCAAGGACGUAACAUCACCUACGAGACUUGAAAUCAAUUCAAAAAUUGUUACUGAUAGUGCAGAAAUAUGUGACCAUUUUAAUCUAUAUUUCUCUAUGAUAGGAUCAGACUUAGCAAAUAAAAUACCUGUAAUGUACCACGCACAUGAGUGUCCUCAAGUCACAAAUGUCAAUGAGAUACGCAUAUUUGAUCCAGUUACUCCGGAUGAAGUGGAUAACAUAAUUAAAAACUUAAAAUUAAACUGUAGCUCUGGCAUAGACGGAAUAACCACUAAAUCAAUUAAAUCUAUAAAAUUACUUAUAAUAGAUGAACUUACCAAUUGCAUAAAUAAAUGUUUUGAUCAGGGUAUUUUCCCCGAGAAUCUUAAAAUUGCCAAAGUUACACCAAUUUAUAAGUCCGGAAGUAAAUUGGAUCCGGGUAACUAUAGGCCCAUUUCUGUGCUCCCAGUUCUAUCAAAAGUUUACGAAAAAGUAAUUUACAAUCGUCUAAAUAAAUUCCUAACUUUAAACCAAAUUCUAUCUCCAAAACAAUAUGGGUUCAGGCAAAAGUCAAAUACCCUUUCUGCUACAAUUGACCUCGUCACACGAAUAAAAAAUAAUAUUGACCAAAAGAAAAUCGUAUUAGGCGUCUUUAUUGAUUUAAAGAAAGCCUUCGAUACGGUGAGCCAUCAAAUACUACUACAUAAAUUAACUAGUAUAGGAGUGACUGGCAAAGCUUAUGAAGUUCUUAAAUCUUAUCUAUCAAAUCGUUUUCAAAUAGUAAAAAUUAAUGAUCAGCAAAGUAGCCACAGACCCAUUAUCUACGGUGUUCCUCAAGGUUCCAUUUUGGGGCCACUUUUAUUUUUAAUAUACAUAAAUGACAUACAGAAUAUUGGCCUCAAAGGAGAUUUAACACUCUACGCUGAUGAUACCAGUAUUUUUUAUCACGGCUCUUCCAUUUCCGAAAUUAUAACUGAUGUUCAAAACGAUCUACAGUUACUUAACACUUGGUUUUUGCAUAAUUUACUAACUAUUAAUAUUGAUAAGACAAAUUACAUCAUCUUCGCUGCGAAAAACAAAAAGAUAGAAGCCUUUACAGAUCCCACCUUAAAUUCUAAAUCAAUUACAAAAAAAACUUCCGAAAAAUAUCUAGGCUUAAUACUCGAUAGCAAGCUCACGUGGGAACCACAUGUUCAGAAAAUAAAGUCAAAAUUAUCAUCAUUAACUGGGGCACUCCGAAGUGUAGCACAGUGUCUACCGCACAAAGUAAGAUAUAUGAUAUAUAAUACAUUAAUUAAGCCACACAUUGAUUAUCUUAUAGAGAUAUGGGGGGCCGCGGCCAAAAUACAUUUAAAAAAAAUACAAACUGCCCAAAAUAAAUUAAUUAAAACUUUAUUUAAUUAUAACUACCUAACUCCUUCUGAGACACUUUAUAAAAAUACAAAAAUAUUUAGCAUAACACAAGCAUAUAUCUACAACACAUGUAUACUGGUACGUAAAA